AUGUCUAUGUCUAUCUCAGAUUAUUCUGACGAUUGUAAGGCUUCAGAUCUGUUUCUGAAUUCCUCGGGCAAGCGCCUCAAUCAUUAUGAUAACUUUUUUAAUGGAGCCACAUCUUUAGCAAUCUCUCUUCCUAGUGCUGAAGAGGAUUCAGCAGAUACUUGUCUGAUGAGUCUCUGUAAAGAAACCAGCAAUAGUACUUCCAAAGAAAGUUUAAAACCUUCAAAUUGUGUAUUUGUAGGAGGUUUGCCUUCAGGAGUACGUGAAGAUAAAUUGCAAGCUUCUGUUAAAGCAUUAUUCCAAACCUUUGGAACUGUGGCUAGCGCCCGGGUCCUUAAAGAUGAACAGCUCAGACCUUACGCCUUUGUUCAAUAUACAAAUCACAAGGAUUAUCAAGAAGCAAUUGAACGUGGAGCCGGUAAAAAGAUUAAUGGUCGCUAUAUUCGUGUUGAACCAGCCAAAAUCAACCGGAGUAUAUUCAUUAAUACGUUGGAUAAAAUGACAGCUUCUGAAGUUCAAGAAUAUCUUAUACCCUAUGGUCCUCUUGAACAGUUUGAAAUUACCGAUUCAAAUGGUCAUUUCAAAAAAAAAGAUUCAUCACACUUGAAAAGUUUAAAGUAUUCAAAUUAUUUCAUUUGUCGUUUUAUCUUACGCAUAGAUGCAAUUAAAGCAUAUAUUGGUUUAACUGAUAAACCAGAAUUUGCAGUUGAAUGGGUUAAAAAUGUUUAUGAAAGUCCUAGAGAGCAAGAGCUUGCUAGUCCUAUUUUUGACAAAUAUUCAAUCUACGUUAGUAGAUUAUCAAUGAAUACCACUGAAAAAGAUUUGAUGGAUAGAUUCUCCCAAUAUGGUGAGAUCAAAGAACUUAGUCACAUUACAAAGGGAACAUAUGCCUUUGCAUUUAUAGAAUUCACUGAUAUCGACAGUGCCAUUGGAGCUGUUGAAGGAGAAAACCAUAAUAUUUUUCAUGGGAAACCUAUUUAUGUUCAAUUUAGAGAAAUCUCCAAGUUUUUGAUUAGCAAUGAACCAGAGUUGGCGCCAGCUCCACUCUUUUCAUCCAAAGGGCAAAAUGGUUCCUUAUUCCUUCAGAAUUCUCAAAAUAGAAGUCAAACAAGACAAAUUAAUCGAAUCAGUUCAUUCAAUAGCAAAACUGCUGUGUUUUCAAGUUUAAGAGAGAACCAAGAUUUAUUUUCCAGUGAAAAUAAUAGUCCACGGUGUCAAUUUGGUUCCAACAGUUAUAGCAAACCUAAAAAGGAAAAUUACAAGGAAGGGUUGUUUGAAGAAAGCAAACCAUAUUUACAUCACAAUUAUGGUUCCAAAAAGAGUCGAACAAGGUCCCGUUUUGAUUAUGGGAAUGAAAAUGAUUCUCACACUGGAAUGGGGUACUAUUACGUGUUGGAUGAUUCCUAUCAGCAUCAACCCAAGAAUUCUCAUAAGCAACUCUUAAUUGACCGUCCAUGGCGUAAGGAUGUUCAUUAUUUCAACAAAGUAUACAUCUCCUCAUUGGCUCUCAUAAAGAUGGCGAUACAUGCCAAAUCUGGGGGAUCCCUUGAAAUCAUGGGCAUGAUGACGGGGAAGAUUGUGCCCUCAGGAAUUGUUGUUAUGGAUUGUUAUGCACUUCCAAUUGAAGGAACAGAAACUCGAGUUAAUGCUCAGUCUGAAGGAUAUGAGUUUAUGGUUCAAUAUUUGGAAUCUUCCAAAAAAAUCGGAAGAGAGGAGAAUAUUGUAGGUUGGUAUCAUUCACAUCCAGGUUAUGGAUGUUGGUUAAGUGGGAUUGAUGUUGCUACGCAGGCGUUGAAUCAGAACUUUCAAGAUCCUUACUUAGCUAUAGUUAUUGAUCCAUUAAGAGGAGAUACUUUUGGUAAAGUUGAAAUAGGAUGUUUUCGUACUUUCCCUCCAGAACAUACUGCCAAGAAGACUGUUCAACCAAAGAAAGAUGAUGAACCAAUUACAAAGAGUAUCUUGCAGGAAAAGAAGAAAAGGUAUCAUUUGAGUAGUACCAAAUCCAAGGAUUUAGGUAUUCAUGCUAGUAGAUACUAUCAAAUUGAGAUUGAAGUAUUCAAAUCAAGUUUAGAUACUGAUUUACUUGAUUUCAUGGCUACAAAACAAUCUUGGGAUAGUUUGCUUUGUUCUUCUGAUGAGGUAAGCAAAUUCAAUGUGUCUGUUGAAUUGGAUCAAAUAGAGGCGCUUAAUGGUAUAUUAACCAAGAAUUCUCAAGAACACAAUGCCCUUGCAGAUCACAGUCAACUCAUGCUUGAUAGAGCGAAGUUAACAGAACUAUAUGCUGGUGUAUUUGAACUGUUACUGAGUAAAAGAUCUGCUGGCUCUGGGGUGGGUGGUUGGCUUUUAUCAACCCCUGAAGAUUUUCCAGCAGAAUAUUCGGAUAUGGUUGCUGAAGGAGAAACUGAUAAUAAUGAAACCCCAUCUCACAUCAGAAAGGUCACUAACAAGAUUAGCAAUAAUAAACGUAAUCCUGAUGAUAUGGUGGAUGAUGAUCUGGAUGCUUAUAAAUCGACAUUCGAUAGAGGUACUUUCUUAGGAGAUAUUGAUGAAAUAGGGGGGGAAGAUCAAGAUCAAGAACCAGAUACAGAUACCGGGACAGAUGCACCUGAAGAAGAUAAUGGUAGCACCAGUGAUUCUGAGGAUGAUGAUGCAAAUUCAAUGGUUGAAGAACAGCAUACUCGAGUUUCUAUGGCAAGGAGAUUAUUAACUCGAGCAUCUAGAGGCAUCAAUACUCCAAAGGGAUCAUCAAGAGAAAGGAAAUGGGCAUCUUUAAGAUCAAGUUCUGAUGGUAAAGACGACCAAGUUUCAAAUAAUGUUUAUGCAGUCCUUGAGUCAAGGCUACAACAACAAAAUGGGAAUCGUGUUGUCAAUGGUCACUAUCAUGGAGGAUUUAAUGACAAGGGACGUACGUUAUCGCAGCAAAUAGCUGCUAGAAGUUUACAAGAAAUCUAUACGGCGUAUAUUCAAGAACGGCUCUUCCAAAAAUAG